AUUACACAGAAGCAAAGAUAUUCAUUCCUAAACAUGGUAGGCAUGUGGUCCUUAUUUCGUGAGAUUGACCAGAGCAAGACUACAUGGGCAACAAAGGCUAGGGCAAUAAGGGUGUAUCGUGAGCCAGCCCAUGAUUGCUUUCCAGAAUCGCUGGAGGUUGUUUUUCAUGACGAAGAGGGAUCCAGGAUGCAUGCGCACAUUCCUGACCAGUUCAUCAACAAAUUCAUUGGCAUAUUCAAAGAGGGGCGGGUUUUUGCAGUGAAAAAUUUUAUGGUUGAGGAGAACUACAUGUUCUUUAAGACCUCAACAAGUGCCUAUAGACUCUGUUUUUUUAACAAAAGUGCUGCCUUUGAGAUCAGGGGAGUCCCAUUCCCCAUAAGAACUUUCUCAUUGGUGUCUUUUGCUUCAUUGCAAGCUCAAGACAACUUAGAUGAAAAAUAUGGAAUUGACGUGAUAGGCCAGGUAGUUCACGAUAAAGACCCGAAAACAAUUAUAAAGAAUGACAGGCCCCGAAAGCUGAUGGAGAUGGUUUUAGGAGACCCUGAGGGAAAUGUUAUGGCAUGUACUCUUUGGGGACCGAUGGUUGAGAUGCUUUUGACUUACAAGCUCACUACAUCAGAGCCGAUUGUAAUGCUACUCCAGUGUUGCAAAGCUAGGAAAUACCAAGGCCAUGUUCAUGUUUCCAACAUGUUCAACACCACCAAGGUUAUUUUAAAUGGGAGUGAGGAAGAAUUUGUGGAAUUUAAGUCAAGGAUGGCUGAAAGAUCAAGUAAGGGACUUCGAUUUUCAAUAACAACAGACAACUCAGACAAUAGUGACAUAGCAACUGGCCAGCAAGAUUUGAUUACUAUUGAGGCUCUUACAAAACUUCAGGAGGAUGGGAAGUAUUGGGUUUACGGAGAAAUUGUGGCUAUUGACAGCCACAAAGAUUGGUCCUACAUUUCUUGCAUAGGUUGUAACAGGAAGGUUUCACCUAAUGGGGAUAGCUUUUGCUGUGUCUCUUGCAAUUCAAAUGAUGCCGUUCUUAGGUAUAAAGUCAAUGUCCGUGUUGUUGAUGGCACAACACAUGCCUCCUUCCUGCUUUGGGAUAGGGAGGUCUCAUGUUUGCUCGGGAAGUCUGCUGCAUCCCUUAAGGAACAAGUAUCUAGGAGGAACUAUGGACCACAUUACUUCCCAUCUGAGAUCAACUCCCUCAUUGAUAUAAAGGCUUUGUUUAAAGUGCAAUUUAAAAGAGAAAGCAGGAGCUUUAAAGGAAAUCAGACUUUCAGUGUCAUAAGGAUGAACACAGAUGCCAGAGUGUUGGCACUAUACUCAUCUAAGAUAAAUGCUGUAGAGGAGGAAGAUGAGGAAGAUGAGUUCACAAGAUUGGCUAAAGAGUUUUCAGGGCCUGAGAGCAUGGCUUUAUCAUCGCAGCAAUCUGUUUCUAGCCCACUGCUGACCAAGGAGAAAAGGCAUGCUUUGGAUGUUGACACUGAGAAACUCAGGCGUGACCUCUUUGGAGAGUUUGAAGCUUCAACUUCUACCAAAAAGCCUAGGGGGGUGAAAAGGGAAUGAAGACUAUGCAUUAACUAUGUUAAUGCAUAUCAGUGUUCAUCUAUGUUUUUAUGUUAUGUAUGUUUAAUAAGCCCAACUUUGGGUACCUAUUUCAUGUCUAAUGCAGACAUUGUUUGAGGUAGGUGUGGCUGUGUCCAUCUAUGUUUUCAUCUUAUGUGUGUAUCAAUAACGCCAACUCUGGAUACCUAUUUCAUUACCGUUUAGGAACUUAGGGUUUGGUUUUGCCAAUAGUUUGGCUGUUUGAAAUGUAUUUUGGGCUGGGGACUCGGCCAUAAAGGGAGUUCCCAUCACGUGUACUAAUGAAGCAUUUCUAUAAAAAA